AUGGACGGUGGCGUGGUUCAGCGCGGGCUGGACGGGCUCAAGAGGGGCGGUGGCUGGUCCAUAGCGCGGGGGCACAGCUCCUACAGGAGCCUGGGAUCGGAUCCCUCGGACUUUGAGGAGCAGGUGGAGGCCCUCCAGCGGGAGUUUCGAGAGCUGCGCGCGGAGUUCGGCGACUGGCCUCCGCGGUCGAGGAAGCCCUCGCCUCAAGCCAAGGCCAACGGGGGCGCCAUCGCGGGCCGGGGCAAGGGCGAGGGCGCUCGAAAUGGGGGCGGAUCGCCGGGGGCCUUCUACCGAUCGGCCCUGGCGUGGGACAAGGGCGGGGAGGGCAUCAAGGCGGGCGCCAGGAAGGCGUCGCCGCGCUGGGACGCGGAGUCGCCCCGGGAUGUGGAGGGCCUGAGGGCGGACUCCCGCACGCGGCAGCACAUCAACGAGGUGUUCACCACGGUGCCGCCGGGGAUUUACGACGACGCCUGCGGCGCGAGCGACAGGAGCGGGGAGGGCAGCGAUCCAGGGGCGGGCGGGGAUGGUUGGGAGGAGGCUGUGCCCAGCGUGCUGUCCCAGCGGGUGAAGGGCGGGCUGUCGAUCGCGAUCGACGGCUGGGGGCCCGACGGGGAGCGCCUGGGGGGCCGGGGGGCCUCCUCGGAUUCCAGCGAGGAGGUGAUGUCCACGCCCACGGGCAGCAGGAACAUGUCCCCGACCCGGCUGUCCGCCUCGGAGGUUGACUUCCCCAUGUGGCCCGGCUGCGGGCGCGCCAGCGAGAUAAGAUCCUACACCCCGUUUGGUGACGGCGAGGACGACGACGACUCGGACUUGGGCGGCUGGACGGCGCCGCGCACGCCCAGCGCGCCCUGCCUGGCCGAAGAGGCGGGCUUCGGGUCCGCCUGGGACACGGACGCCGGGCAUGGGGAGGAUGAGCCGAUCGGGGCCGGACCCGGGCCGGAGGCCAAAUCGGCGGUGGUGGCAGUGCCCGCACGGAGGGCGGAGGCGCCGGAGGCGCUCAGCUUGUUGCUGGAGUCCCCCCACAGGCCCUCCAGCUUCAGCCUGAACCAGAUGUACAAGAUCGGCGGGCGGGGGCCGGAGGGCCCGGACUCGCCGCAGCUGUCGCAGCGGUCCAAGAGCUGCACGCUGCUGUCGCGGCUGGGGCCCAACGGGGGCCGGUCCCCCGACGAUGAUGGUGAAGUCCUGGUCUUCGAGGGGGAUGCAAAGGCAGCGGAGGACGGCCGGGAAAGCCUCCAAGAUCGUGACGGAGGCGGAGAAGGCCCGGCGGCGGAGGGCUCCCCUCUAGACGACCCCGAGCAGAGGACCGAGGCGGUGUGCGCGGUGUUCGAGUUCCUGCGCGACAUGAAGAUGUCCAUGACGCGGGGCAUUGGGUCCAUGCAGACGCGCGCGGCGGAGCUCCAGGCGCGCAGCCCGGUGCCCUCCUCGCGCCCGCGCUCGCUGCCCGGGGCGCCCCGAUCGGCCCGCGGGGGCGCGCCCCCCUCCUCCCCCGCGUCCGCGCGAUCGCAGUCCGCCUUCAGCGAGGGGAGGAUCACGUCCAAGGGGGUGGAGGCCUCUGAAGAUUUUGGUGGCCGCGAAUCCGCUCCACCCGCCCGUGACGGGGAACACCGAGAGCGCACAGAUCGAUCAGCGGGGACUAUCCACGCCUCGCCUCGCCUGACGGGUCAGAAGGCUCGUGCCCAGUGUGGGGACCGUCCGGCUGUGCCCAGGUCGCCCUGCGCCAAAGCACCAGGGAAGGGGGGCAAGGGGUACCUGAGCGACGUGGACGAGCGCGUGAUCAAGGCGCUGGGAGGCGGGAUUGGGCAGGUGCGGCGGGAGGGCGAGUGGGCGCCCAGCAGCGACGAGUUCGUGCUCCAGGCGCUGGGCGGGGGCACCCCGAGGGAGGAGAGAAAGAGUAGGGAGUGCGAGCGAAACAACGGUAGCUACACCGGGCUGGACAGCACGGGGAGCCUUUAUGCCCGCGGGCAGCAGCCGCAGGACCAGCCGGCGGUGCCGAGGCUGGAGACUGGUGGCCGGGCGGCGGAGGAGGCGGACGCACCCGCGGGCGAGGGGGCGAUCUUCUCGCCCAAGCUGGAGGGGGAGGCGCCCGGGUGCGAGGCGGCCGGCGCGCAAGUCAACGAGGAGGCGGUCACGGCGGAUGGUGGUGGCGAGGCCCAGGGCUGGGAUGACGUUGCGGGGUCGCCGGAGUGCCCGGAGGGCGCCGUGGAUCGUGUCGAUGGGCACGUCGGUGUGUCCUGCGACGGUGGGGAUUGCGCGGUGGGGCUGGAUUCGGUCGAGGGUCCGUCCCAAGAGUGCGCCGAUGCUGUGGUCGACCGGCUGGAGACUGGGGUUGAGGGUCCUGUCGACGAGGACUCGGCCCAGGUGACGUCCCAGGGGUUCCCGGAGAGGGGUGCAGUUCAGGCUGACAAUGUCGAUUGUGCGGAGAGCCAAGAAACUGGUGAUGUGGAGGACCAGGUCCUGCUGGAGCAGCAUGAGCAGCACGGCAUCGAGAGUGUUUCAGAGAAGGCUGUUGGCCUGUCUGCCAAGGAUGCCACUGACGAGGAAGGUGCCAGUGCCAGCCAGCCGGCCUCAGCUGCUGUUCCCAACGAUCCAGAGCAGCAGGACGAAACAGGUGAUGCAUGGGAGUUGCAGAGCUCCGAAGCCAACGCUGAGGACAUUUCUCCUGAUAUCGCUGAAUGCAUCUGCGAGGCCUCCGAGGUUGUCCAGGAGCACGACAGUGCGGACUGCCCAGUGCCCAUCUCUGAGCAAGAUGAACACUGCCACACAGCGACCAGUGUGCCGCCGUCAACCCCUGCGCUUGUCACCAACGCCGCAAAGUGUGACAUUGCCAGUUGUGACGAACGCAACGACUACAGAAGCUCUUCCAGAGGUGACGAAGACGAUCAGGGCGCACAAGACCCAUUUGCAGACCAGCCGGCAGCUCGCACCGAUCUGGUCAAAGCUGCUGUGAACGGCAAACUCCUUGGGCCAAAGGCUCAGCUUGGCAACAAGCCCGUGGACAGCGGGGUGGCCCACAUGGCAAUGGAGAGCCUGGAGGACAAGCCGCCCAGAGACUUCCAGAGCCUGAAGGUGCAGCCCAGGACUGGCGGCACUCGUGUGCAGGUUGCGGACGUGCCCCCCUUGGUGUUGUGCAGCCAAGCGCUGAUUCCUCCUGAGGAUGGAGACUACAGCUGCGACUCGGACAGGUCGUUCUGGACUCCCAGGAGCCGGGCUUCCAGUGUGGGAUGGUUCAGCGUGGCGUCGUGGCCGGCAGGGAGCCGGGAGAGGAGCGAGGGUCCAGUGGAUCACAACAGCUUCGAGAGGUCCACCAGUCAGCAACUCUGCGGCUUUGGCGAUGAACACACAUGCCGCAAGGAGGCGGCAAAUAGACAGCCACUGCCCUUGCCCUCAAAAUGGUCUGGAACGGGCUUCAGCACCUACCUCAAGGGGCCUCGUGUCUCCCUUGACGAAAACAACGCCGUGGCCUGGUCCCAAUCGGAAGGGGCCCAGUGCGACUUUGUGAUCAGUGAGCAUGCCUACUCGCGCGGCAUCGUGGAGGUCGUCGUUGAGGUGGAGCACCUGGAGGGCUGGGCGUUCGUGGGGGCCAUAGGCAACGGGGAGCCCAGGGAGGUGCAGCCAGGCAGCCUUGCUGAGUCGCCAUGGUCAUAUGGGUGGAGCAACGAGUGCGAGCUCUAUUCUGGGGACCACUACUACUUUGAGUCCGCCCAGGAGAUGAUCAGGACGGGCACUGUCUUCCACCUCGUGCUGGACAUCAUGCGUUCCAGACUGUGCCUGCAGUUUCCUGAGACCAGCAGGGGUAGGGAGCAUGGCUGCCAUGGCCGUUUCUUCAUGUGCGAGCUUGGCACGAUGCCCAGAAAGGACUGGCGGAUAGUGUUUGAAUGGCUGGGCAGCGCGAAGAUCCGCCUGACGCAGGUCGAGAGCUUCGUGUAG